UGUAGGGAAAGGUGUGCCACACAACCGAUGGCAAAUUUCUGUUCAGUCGACGUUGUCUCGGUCAAUAGUCAACACGUUCCUCUCGCCUCUCGUUCAGUUUUCUACAGUUUCUUCCCUCAGCUCGAUUGAAAGUGUUAACACAAUUCCCAUUGAUCAAACGUAAGUGCGCGGUGUGUGGUUGGUGUGUGGAUACAUACAUGUGCCAUCCUUUGCGUUGACGAACGGAGGAGAAGAGGACUCGGGCCAACAGAAGCCGGAACCGAAAAAUGGAUGCGACGCCACUGCGACUCAUUUCCGUACUGCUUUUGUUCGCCUACACCACGUCACACUUCAAUCAUGCAAAGAACGGACCCAACUACUACGGUUCAUUUGUCGGCAGUCUAAAAGAAUAUGGUCACGGAAUCAAGGGCGAUGUAUACGUCCUGGACAGCUCAAUGAUAUUCAUCAAAGGAUUCUGCUACGAUGGAACCGGACCGGAUGCCUACUUCUGGGUUGGAAACACUUCUGCGCCCAGUCCGCAGGGUUACAUCGUCCCGUAUCCAGAGAUCGAUAAGAACAGGGAUCCACCGGUGUUGAAAGCGUACAACUAUACGGACAUCUUUCUGAAGCUGCCUGACGGGAAACAGAUACGGGACAUCAAAUGGCUGAGCGUUUGGUGCCGUCGAUUUACCGUUAACUUUGGCGACGUGUACAUUCAAGCGAAUCUUACAGUGCCCAAGACAAGAGUGUUGCCGGAAUUUUCGAGGUUGGCUCACGGUCUUCGAAGCGAGAACAUCACCAUCCUAGAUAGCAAAACUUUCUACAUCCCUAAUUUGCAUUACGACGGUGCUGCUCCGAACGCUUAUUUCUGGGUCGGAAAUGGCUCGGAGCCCAACACGUUUGGCGUCAAAGUGCCCAGCGAAAUAAAAAGUUUGGCUCCGUUAAGAUCGUACCAAGGAGAGGACAUAGAAAUUGUAUUACCAACAAAUUUGACUGUGUACGACAUUGACUGGUUAGCAGUAUGGUGCGUGGAUUACAAGCAGAAUUUCGGCCACGUCCUCAUCCCGAAGGACAUCUACGUUCCACCAGCUCUUGGUCAAACUAAAAUCACGACGAGCAGCACCCCGCAACCUCCUCUGUCCAAACACGAGUUGACCAAUUGCAAAGAGAUGCUGGAGGGUCGAGUUCAGGUACAAUGGGAAAUGAUAGGUGACGCUAUCCAGAUUAAAGUAUCGGGACGUAUCAGGGAGGACCAGUACAUCGCGUUCGGUUUGUCCGGUCAGGAUGGAAAGGCUGAGAUGAUCGGCGGCGACGUGGUCGUGGUCGCGUACAUAAACAAGACAGGUAGAUUCAUCGCAGAAGAUUAUUACAUAUCAGCGUACGCGCAGUGCGACGGCAGAAAGGGAGUUUGCCCGGAUGUAAGGAUCGGAGGGAAGAAUCAUGCCGAUUUCGUGGAUGGAGAACGAAACGACGGAGUGACGACAGUUACUUACACGAGACCAUUGAGAACGGACGAACCUAUGGUGGACAGAGCGAUACCGUCUACGGAAACGAGCGUGAUCGCGGCGAUAGGUCCUCUGAACGUGAGAGGAGAGGCUAAUGCUCACGAGAGCUUCGACAUGACUACCGCGGACAUUCGUAUUGAUUUUACGUCGAGGAACGUCCACGAGUGUACAAAUUCCCUCUACAACCUUCCGGAUAUGCCUGACAUCAAACCCUGGCCACCGAUACUGAUUACCAACGAAACUACCUUCAGCGCGAGGAUCGGGCCUGCUGCUGCCAAGAGAGGAUACACGAGGCUCACAGGGCAACCUGGCUGGGGCAUCGCGUGGUACAUCAACGACAAGCUGAUCCCAGAAAUUACCGUGGAGAGAGGACAAACGUACACGUUCAUAGUGGAAGGUGGAAAUAAUCCUACUAAUCCAGCUAGGUACCAUCCAUUCUAUAUCACCGACAGUCCAGAAGGUGGAUUCGGCCAAAAGACUGAGGAACAACAAAGAGCACAAAGAGUAUUCGCCGGAGUGAAAUACGACGCCGACGGAAAUCCUUAUCCAAGCGCGGCUGGUCGUUACUGCGAAUGGGUUCUCAAGGCAGGCGAUACCAGUGCGAACUCGGAAACCUUUGAGAGCUUCUUCGAAACCCUUAGACUUGAUUGCAACGAAGGUCAACCAGCCGAACUCAACUGGACUGUAACCGAAGAAACCCCAGAUUUAGUAUACUACCAGUGUUACCAGCACAAUCACUUAGGCUGGAAGAUACACGUUGUCGGCGACGCACACGCAAUCGUGCCAUUAAUGUCAAUGGUUCUAACGACGCUCUUAGUCGGUGUUUUAAACUUCUUAAGAUGAAUCUUUUGAUCGUCAUCUUACAUGCAAAAUACGCGGGACAAGUAUAAAUUGCGCGAUAGAAGGCUCUACAGGGAGAAGGGAAAGCACAACUCGGAAGGAAACUUAUGGAAAAAUAACGAUGGUGAUACAAAAAAAAAGUAAAAAAUUAAAACAAAAGGCGAUUGUUUAAAAUCGGCUGAACACGAUACAAGGUUGUAAGAAAGUACUUAGCUCGUAAGGUUUAAUCGUAACGUAAAAAGAUUAGCAAAAUAUUUUUAAGAUCUAUCAGAUUCAAUAUUUCAUAUUAUACGAUAUAUGUAUAUGUAUAUUUAUACAUAUACCCAACACUCAUACAUAUAUAUAUAUAUAUAUAUACAUAAAUACACACAUUAACACGGCACACGAGGAGUACGAGAUUCGAGGUGAUUUUUAAAACGUUUAAGAAUUUAAGAAACUACAUACUUUAGGGAAAGGGGAGGGAAAUAUUUCUCUGACAAUAAUAAAUAAAUUGAGGCGUGGUGAGGGUAAACGUGGAAAUUCUGACAAUAAUGAGAAAAUAAAAAAUGAAACGAAUGUUGUUCAUCCGGGAGAUUUGCUGAUGGUAGAAUUGAUCGAAAGUUGUGAUGUGUUGAUGAAUGACGAUGUGAGAGAACGAAAAAGAGAAAAAAGGAGAGAGCGUAUCCGUGGUACAUGUACAAUGUAAAUUUUGCACAAAGCUAUAUAGUUGAAUAUAUGAUGUAACUUUAAAAAAUCGAGUAGCACGUAAGGUAAUUACAUUUAUAAAUGCUGUCGACUUGACAAUAAUACGUAGGUUAGCGAACGAUGAAGGAAUCGCUGGGGAAAAAUGAGAAACGAGAAUUAUGUACAAGGUAACGUCAGACAUUAAUUAUUAUGUAAUUUAAAAAAAGGAGAUACAAGUUACAAAACUAUCCCCUAUAUACGUGUAACAAUGCUAUAACAUGUACAUACUAUAGAGUGGACCUUCCUAAAUGAAAACGGAAUGAAAGUAUAAAAUGUGCCUUGGGUACAGAUAAUGAACUUCUUUAAUUACACGAAUUAGGAACCACUCGGACAGGAGAUACCCUAUGGUACUUAGGAACUGGUUUCCUGCUCGUACGUCAUGAAUUAAAGAAGAUAAGCAUUAUUCCUUUCGUUUUAUUUGAUGAAAAAUUCGAAAAUACGAGACGUACGAUAGGUGGAAGGAAUGAAAGAGAGUUUACAACCAAGAAAUCAGAGAAAUACAUAAUCACUCUAGAAACGUAGGCGUUAUAACUUAGCGAAACCUCUCAAUCUCUCGAUGAAAAUUUCCAUGCUCUCCUCCGUUGUCCAGGUUCUAAGUAACGGGGUGUCCUCAAAAUUAACCAGCUGCGAAACAUUCUUUACAAUUCCAAUUGCUUAUCACACGAAGACCAGUCUGUAUUUAAACUACAUACGCAAACAUACCUAACAUAAACAUUAUAUACAUAUAUAUAUAUUAACGCAUAUAUUAAAACCUGCAUAAAUUACUUAAGGUACUAUAUGCAUACGUAUAAAUGAAAUUCGAGGAUUUACGUGAUUUAAUAAGCGCAAUGGCGUUUGUGAACUUAAUUAAGCGACAAUAACGAAGUCUGGAUCCCAAGUAUUCCGGCAACACUCUCAAUGGCGAUCUAUAAAAAAAAAAAAAGGAUUCUUACACGACUUUCUUCGCGUUUACGCUGCUUACAGUUGUAUCCUUCCGCCACUUCCGUUCCCCGCGCGGUCUACCCUUUCCUUUGUUGUCCUGUUUUCUAAGCGAGUCCUUCGAGCGAGCAAAGGGGAUUCUAGUAAGUAAGCGGACGUAAAACACCUGUUUCUGUGAACGACAAUAAUAAGAUACCGACUUGCCGGAUUGGAAGUUAAACGGGCUGCUCCGUGAAAUCGACGAAACGCGAUAGACUUUCACGCGGGUCGAGGAGAUACCGGAAGUCCCGUUUCAACUUGAGACAAUAACAGUCGAUCAGAAUCACUCGGACAAUAAAUAACGAUAAUAAUUGAAAGAUCCUAUAUUUUGUCUGGGGGGGAGUAAAAUCGCGUUCAUUCGUACGGUUUGUCGUCCCUAAUUUUUAAUGUAAUUCGGACAAUAAUUGUGCUUAGAGUUUCUAGAGUACAAAACAUCGAUGGUCGACCUAACGAUCGUUUAGAUCAGACAAUAAUAAUGUAAUGAAAGCUCUGUUACGGGACAAUUAUCUUAGGAAGCAGAUACAGUAAUGCCCCUUUAAUGGUCCCAGGUUUGAAACCUUGUUGCGACUACUAUCCGGACAGGUAGGUCUUGUCUUUACGAUCCUGUUUGCAGUAAUUCAAUUGAAAUUUUGAUAUUUUUAUCAUUGAUCAAAAUUCCGUGACCAUUAACCGAGCAUCACUGUAUCUGUACGGAUCAAUUAUUCGAAGUGUAAGGUGUGUAAAAAUGAAUAGAACCCCUCGUUAAUUGUAACGAAUGUACAGAACGAACGAAAGUCGUAGAUAGAAAUGUAAAAUCUCACCUUUUUCUCUUCGGUAUCUACUAUAUACGUGUACAUUUUCUACGUACCAAUCUUCUAUCAUUCUAUCUCUCGUUUGACACUUUAUCUUUUUAGGAUACUAAUGAUAAACUGUUUCAAACAUUCACGGAGCAACCCCUUGUCAAUAUCCCACAAGUUGUUAGUGGUUAAGAAACGAAUAAUAGCUUAGAAGCUAAGAGAAGAAUUCCUUUUCUUUUUUUCGUUGUAUCGACGUGUAAUUUAAAUGAAAAGAAUGAUUAAGAUCAACCAACGUGUGAUCUGGUUCGGUGUACCGAAUGUGGAACGUGAUUUUCGAAUUGUUAGCGAUUAAAAUCGUUGAACAUUUUGUGUCUCUCGUAGUUAAGAUUCUGGAUAGCCUUUUCACUCGUCUAACUUUUCUUCCAGUACCACCGCGACGGUCUCGUGGAGAUCGACGAACUCGAGGAUCUUAACACUUUGACGGUCGCACAUUUCCUUGCAAUUUUAUGUUCACUUUUUUAAAUAGAAAAUUAUUUUUCAAAGCUUUAUUUGCAGUGUAGAUUUUUCUAAAUUAAGGGAAAGUGUAGGGGGUGGAAUUUCCUAUUAUUUAAUCUUGGGAGAUCCGAAGGGCAGCCUGUGUUGCACCCAAGUAAUUACUUAUUUCCAAAUUGUAAUUAGUAGAUAUAAAAAAUUGUGCAAAGUCAAAGUGUUAAGAGAAAAAAAAAAACAUAAAGAUGAUAGAAUGUGAUUCUAUCUUGUUAGCGUUCAAUUCGGUCCAGCUGUCUAAAUAUCUAUGUAUAAAAAACAUUUUUCUCCUUGUGUAGUGUAAUCUUCGUUGGUAAGUCAACGAAUUUGAUCAUUCUUAUCUCGUCUGUAUUAGAAUUUCCUUUUGUGACACCUGUUCACAUAUCUCUACGUACAUAUCCCUAAAGUAAUGUUAAGCAACAAAAUUUUCCAAUGAAAUGUUCUCGAUCGUCGUUUCGUUCUCAAACAGCGGACUAGUAUCUUGAAUUUAAAUGUAUAAAUUUUAAAAGUAUUAGAUAGAAAAAUUGUCGCUCGUCCUCGAGAUCGGCGUCUAUGUGUCUGAUUUGUCCCAAGUGGCCGUCUGAUGAAUAUUUCAGAAAGUCGAUUAAGAAAGUAAUCGGAAACAGGAAACAUUGCGCGCGGUGAUCAAUUUAGAGAUUAAGUAAAGAACAACAUUCGAAAUAGCGAAUUUUAAAUGGUGUCGAUUAAAUCAAACGGAUGUAUAACACACUGUCAAUAUGUAUGUAACCAAGAAGGUUGUCCUCUUGUUUCGACGAUUAUCGUAGAGGUAACUUGAAAGCUUUUUAACUGGACAUCUUUUUCCAAUCUUAUCCUCGUGGUAGAAUAUAUUUUCACACAUAAGAACAGGACGUUGAGAGCCGGAGAACGGUGCUUUCGUCAGCUCUUUGCACUCUUCGAGUAUGCUGGUUUUUCUUGUAUGUUGUUCAAUUAAUACGUAAGUGACGAGUGAUAAUAAUUCACGAUUGCGAUAUCGAGAACGUACAAAAGAAAAAAUAUAAUAAAGGUUCGUGUAACUGGUGGUACAAAUACCGGUGAUUCUAUGUAAGAAAAUUUAUUCGUCUAAGGAUUUCUUUUCGAUCAAAUGAAAAAUGGAUAAAAUUUUCUUUUCAGAAAAAUUCAAUAAUCAUGUCUAAUGUUAUUUUACAUUUUAAAAUAACAAAAUAAUGUUGAUCAUCUUAUGUACCACCACUUAAAUGAUACCUUAUACAUAUUGUAUACAUAUAUAUAUAUAUAAAUAUACAUAUAUGAGAAGAAUUGAUUCGUUACGAUAGACCGUCCUGAGUUGUGUUUAAAAAAUUUCAAAGAUAUAUAUUUUUGAACGACGAGUAUCGUUGAACGAAUGUUGUAAUAUUUUAUCGUCAAAGACAGGGGUGGUCUCGAUUAUUCUUGAAUGACUGCGUCUCAAGAAUUCGAAUUCGAUUGAAAGUAAUUAGAAUAGUCGCUCAAUCAUUGAAAAUUAAAGAGUGCAAAGAGUUGAAAUGUGAUUGAGAAGUCCACGAGAAAUCAUUUCCCAACUAUCCGUAGGUAGGUCGUUCUCGAACAUGCUGACACGAAACCCAUUUAGUAAUUAGUACAUCCCGUAGAUGAAUAAAACUUAGUUCGUGAAUUAACGAAGAAACGAAAACAAACCAAAAAGAACAAAAAAAAAAAAGAAGAAGAAGAAGAAUAAGAAACAAAAUCAAAUUUAUCGACUACUUUAUCGUAUGGAAGCAAAAACGAAGGGAGGAUAAGUUGAAUAUCUAACGUUGAAUGGUUUCGGCGAAUUUAACAAGCUCUCGCGUUCGAAGAAACAAGAAAACAUAAAAGAAAUAAAAAAAAAAUAUGAUGUAACGUAGCAUUAUCGAGAAUGGUAACAAUUGUCAACCGUUUUUUUCAACGUUUUACGUGUUAGACUAUAUAGAUUAAUCAGCAAAGUAACUCUAUUAAUCGUGUACUCGUAUUACUGUAAAGUCGAUUCCGAUUCUCAAAAAUUCCUCGUGUUUUUUACGAGACACGUGCGAAAAUGUUUUCCCCCCCCAAAAAAAA